UUCCUUGCCUUCGUGUUAAGCAAUUAGCAUGUUGACAGGGCUUUGUGCUUACCAUUUCAACUCAGCAUCUCAAAUGGCAAGCAGAGACAGAGAGCAAUCCAAAUGUUGCUUCAAAGAGUGGAUGGAGCUUCAAGAACAAGACCUCUCAGAGCUCCUCCAAGCCCUGAAACUAGACCCCCAAAACAAAGACCAGUUAAAACAUUUAGCAGAGAAAGGCAUCUGUCACUUCCAAGAUUACAUAAACAAGAGAACCCAACUUGCCCGCAGAGACGUCUCUGCCUUCUUUGCCCCCACUUGGUGCACUUCAUGGGAAAACUCUCUGCUUUGGAUCGCUGGCUGCAGACCCUCUUUGUUUUUCAGGCUCGUCUAUGUGCUUGGCGGGUCAAAAAUGGAGUCAAAGCUCUCUGAGUUCCUCCAAGACACAAGAGAAGGCAGCCUUGGUGAGGUUCUGACGUGCUCGCAGCUCGUUGUGGUCAACAGUUUGCAGAGCAAGACCAUUAGAGAGGAGGAGAGGUUGACAGGGGAGCUGGCAGCUCUGCAAGAGGACAUAGCAGACCAGCCAAUUGCAAUGAUUGCAAAGGGUUUGAGCCAACUUGGGGAGAUGAACAGAGAAGUGGAGGAGGCUCUGGAUGAGCAUGGCCAAGCCAUGGUGAGAAUUUUGGAGGAGGCAGAUCAGUUGAGGCUAAACACUGUCAAGGAGCUUGUGAACAUAUUGACACCUCUUCAGGCUGUUGAUUUUCUGGUGGCAAGUAAGAAGCUUCACUUGUGUGUGCAUAAGUGGGGCAGGAACAGAGACCAAAAGCUUGGGAGGGAAAAUCUGGAAGAUUAAUUUUGGUAUGGAUUUUUGGGUAUUAAUUUUUAGUGACUGCAUGUAAUAAUAAAAUAAAAUGCCUUCUACAUAAUUUUUUUUUUUUUUUAAGACCCUUUCUAUUGAAAGGGACGAUAACAUUCUACACUCACACACACGAUAGACUACACGGAUGCUAAAAU